ACGCCACCACUCUCCUCUUUUGCUUUUCAAUUUUUCUUUUUCUUUCUUCUUCCUUUCUUCCCCCUCUCUCUCUUUGAUGUUCGUGUUGUUACAGAGACAUGGCUGUGGAGCUCAUGAUGGGUUACAGAGGCGAUAGUUUUACAGCCAAAAUGGAAGACAACGCUGUUCAAGAAGCCGCGGCAUCUGGACUCGAGAGCGUUCAGAAGCUCAUCAGAUUGCUCUCGCAGCAAGAAACCAAUAUCCAUCUUCAUCACCAUCACCAUCAACAACACCAACACCAACACCAACACCAACACCAACAAUCGUCUUCAACCUCCAGAUCCUGUGCUGUUGACUUGGAAAUGGACUGCAAGGUCGCCGCAGACGUCGCCGUUUCAAAGUUUAAGAAAGUCAUCUCCCUUCUCGGUCGAACCCGAACGGGUCACGCGCGUUUCAGACGGGCCCCCGUCAUGUCCAAGAACACUGACUCCACUACCAGUAGCCAUGGCCAGCAGAAUCAAGCUCCGGAAACUAAGGUGUAUCACGCUACGCCGAUCCAGCAGAUUCCGCCUUUUUCUCCGCAUCAGCCACGCGAUUUCUCUGUCUUGGUGCCCAAGAGUGGAGUAGUCGAGAGAAAAGAUUCAUCGUCUGCGACGAUUAAUUUCUCGUAUUCCUCGCCUGGGAAUUCCUCUUUCCUAUCGUCUUUGACGGGAGAAAACACUGAGAGCAAGCACCAACCACCACCACCGCCCCCUUCCUCCUUGUCGGCGCCGUUCCAGAUUACGAAUCUCUCUCAGGUCUCCUCAGCCGGUAAGCCGCCGCUCUCUUCUUCUUCUUCUCUGAAGAGAAAGUGCAGCUCCGACAACUUGGGCUCCGGCAAGUGCGGCAGCACCUCCACUCGCUGCCAUUGUUCCAAAAAGAGGAAGCUGAGAUUGAAGAGGGUGGUUAGGGUUCCGGCGAUAAGCUUGAAGAUGGCGGAUAUUCCACCAGACGAUUACUCUUGGAGAAAAUACGGACAGAAACCCAUCAAAGGAUCUCCUCAUCCGAGGGGAUACUACAAGUGCAGCAGCGUGAGGGGAUGUCCGGCGAGAAAACACGUAGAGAGAGCUCUGGACGAUCCGUCGAUGCUAAUUGUGACCUACGAAGGAGAACAUAAUCACAGUCUCUCAGUUGCAGAGGCUAGUAAUCUCAUCUUAGAAUCAUCUUAGAAUCACCAGUUCUGGAAAACGGGUUUGCGUUUCAUUUCAAUUCUGCAGAAAAAAACAAAAAGAUUGAAACGGCCGGCACCGAGCUGGAUCUUAGUAUUAGUUAUAGUUGGUAGUUGUACUUGAGCUGAAAAUCCAUAACCCAAAAAAAAAAAAAAAAAAAGCUCAAGCUUAAUUUUAUCUCGAAGGAGAAAUUGGGGGGUUUAAUUUGUUCUUUCUUUUUUUUUUUUCCCUUGUACAAUAUUAAAUAUAUUUAUACAUUGGCGAUGUGGGAUUAAUUCCCAGCUUUCUCCUC